GGCAACACUCUCGGUGGAGAGGCUGUAUGAGUGAGCAGAAAGGAAUGGGUGGGGCUGCCCUCUGAAAGUCCAUGAGUGGAAUCAUCCGUUAUGGAAUCAUCAAGUCGAGAUGUUGUUUUUUUUAAAGAUGAACUUUGUGCUCUUGUAAACAAUUCAAUGAUAAAAACAUUGGUUGUAUAUGUUAGAUAUGAAUGGUGAUGACACAGCAACUCACACCUACAAAAAAUUAAACAAAUAGUCGAAUCUUCGUCUUCAACAGCCAAAUCAGAUUCUAAUCAAAAGAAAUGUGAUUCGGGUACAGCCCUAGAGAUUGGCAUUCCCAAAAUCUGCAGCAUAUCUCAUGAAAAAUAUUUAACACUCACCAGCCAUCAACCAGGGAAGAUCAUCUUGACUGUAGGCGAGUGUACCUACUGAAGUCCUGUUAGUCUCUAAGAGUGAAAUUGGGAAUGGAACUGGAAAUUGGUUCUUGAGUUCUACGAAGGGCAAAACGGCCUUUAACUAAUCAGUCUUUGUGAAAUAUUGUAGUAAGUAUUUGAAAGCAUUCACGUUCGUGUACAAAUGAUUGCAUAGUAAGUGUGAUUCCCUUGAAAGAACCAAAAAGGUCAGAGAUCUUCCUUGAAAAUCCCAAAAUGCAGACGGUGCAGUCUGGUUGAUUGGAGAGUGUUUAAAGAUGUUCUGUAUUGACUGUGUCUCUUUUCUCUCCUCUGACUGUUACUGUGCUCUUUGCUGCAGAGACCUGCCUCAGUAUGGACACAAGCAGUGGCAGUCCUACUUUGGACGGACUUUUGACGUCUACACUAAGCUGUGGAAAUUUCAGCAGCAGCACAGGCAGGUCCUGGACAGUCGCUAUGGCUUGAAGAGAUGGCAGAUUGGGGAAGUUGCAUCCAAAAUUGGACAGCUUUACUACCACUACUACCUUCGUACCUCAGAAACCAGUUACCUGAAUGAGGCCUUUUCCUUCUACUCAGCCAUCCGUCAGCGCUCCUACUACUUUCAGGUCAACAAAGAGGACAGGCCAGAAUUAGUAGUGAAGAAGCUUCGAUAUUAUGCUCGCUACAUAGUCGUCUGUUUACUGCUGAACAAGAUGGACCUAGUCAAAGUUUUGGUGAAGGAGUUAUCUGAGGAAAUUGAAGAUUACACACAGCGAUUCAACACAGAGGACCAAUUGGAAUGGAACCUGGUUCUCCAGGAAGUGGCAGCUUUUGUAGAGGCAGAUCCAGUGGUAGUUCUGAAUGACAACAAUUCUGUUGUUGUCACCAGCAAUCGGCUGCAGGAGGAAAGUGUGCCUCCACUAGAACAAGGCAUGGUGGUUGGGCAGCUCGUCCUUGCAGAUGCACUAAUCAUCGGCAACUGUAACAACCAGGUUUUAACCCACAAUUUCUAAUUCACAGUUCCUAACAAAUCAUACACAACAUGGUUGUUGACUGGUCUUAUUGGGGGAAAAAACUCUCAAACAAACAAUAUCAAACUCACCUUUUCAGUAUAGAACUUGAUAGUAUUACCUGCAGAUCUGUUGUCUGUGAUGUUUCGUCUUACAUUGCUCUUGAAUGAUAGUUUCACUACUGUAUGGAUGGAAGUAUAUCUAACAACUGUCUAAACCACAUUUUGAUAGAUAUGCAUGUCCUAUUAGAUUCAUGGUGCAUGACAUGUACUGCUCCAGAGAUUAGUUUUUAAACACAUUGUACGUGUUAGAAGAUAAUUGCUUAAAACAGAGGAAAAGAUUGUGAUCCAUCUUCUUAUAUCGGCUGGUUUCUUCAGCAGAUCAUCUAUUUCCAUCUAGUUGUUAACCCGAUCCAGUAUGUGACGGGGAGACAGACGGUCCCUAGUCUGGGAUUGAAACCGGGUUCUUCGUGCUGUAAUGCGACAGUGCUAACCACUGCACCACCGUGCUGCCCCAAAACACUGUCAAAUUGAAAGUACUGAAUGGUGGAGGUAGACCAUUACAGCUUUUCACCAUUUUUGUGUGUAGGGUUUUUUGGGCAGGGCUGAAAUCAUGGCUAGAUGAUGCACUGGAGCCAUGACCCCUCCCCUAACACGAUACAACAACUAGAGACAUAGCAUCAGUGGUUUUGCUGCUCAACCGUCAGUUACAACACCAACUUACCAAAACCUGCUAGCUAGCAGUGGUGUACUGGCCAUCUGGCGUAUCGGGACAAAUUCCAGUGGGCCUCUACAUCCGUGGCCCUGUGGACCGUCAAAGAAUCCAUUUAGUUUUUUACCGGCCCUGCAGGUCUCCUUAUGGGCCCUCUCUGUGCCUUUCAUUCAGGGUGUGCAUUAAAGCGUGUUGCAUGCAUGUUCCAGUCAAACUUGUGCUUCCGUCAUAGGCUCUGCCGUUGGCUACUCCGACGCUACUGUUAAACAGUGGAUCAAUUAUUUUGAGCAAAAUGACUCUUUUCACUGUCCGAAUUUGAUGAAUUUGGUCCAAUAACAUUUGGAAAGUCUGCAAGAGCUGUGCGAUUGAAUUAUUUGAUCCCCAUUCAAGUUAGCAUAGUGCUAAAGCGGAAGUUAGCGGGCUCGGCCACUGGAAGUCUGUGGUACUCAAGCACAGCCCAUAAAGCAUGCAUGUUCACAUUAUGCUAAAGUAGCAUGCAGCAGUGAGAUGGCCGACAUGUGGUAUAUCCAGCAACUAUAAUCAACCCUCACCCAUGACUGGGCGUGGUUUCAGACCAUCAUUUCAGAGCAGAGAAUAUUGCUUAUUCUUUCCACGGUUUUCAAACCUAAUUGUAUAAACAAAUCUGCUGGGUGAUUAAUAACACAUUUUUCCGUGGAGUGACGAACUCGGAACACAUUAUUUUUACUUUAUCCAGACUUUAAGUCCUGUCCAGUUUCUACCACAAACAGUAGUAUAGUGAUCAGUCAUUCCAGGGCAUAAUAACAGCAAUGCAUGAUUUUAUAAUACAUAGUUUACUGCUAUUUUCUUACA